AUGUUCUCGCUACCCAGGCUAGAUGAGGUAGGGCCACAAGACAAAACGGACGACGAAACCGACGAUAGUCAAAAGGGCGCCUGCCUAGGAAAAGCGCGGUAUGGAGUCCAUUUCGAAACUAUGCUAUUGGCCUGCCAGAUUAUCGCAGGAAACUCGUUCGAGACUGCGUAUUUAAGCUAUGAUCGCAAAGGCAGCAACAGAGUACAACUGCCUCCCUGUGGUAUCUUAAUGCAUGACCACUACUUUCUCCACGUCCCCCAAGAAGACGACACUGACACGACGUCGUAUGCUAUCACACCCAAUUUCCAGGAGUGGCGAUUUCCUAAUGCUCUCCCGCAAUCUUGGGGUUCUGUUGCGGUGACGCCCCGCGAUACUAAACCCAGCUGUAUCAUCUCAGGCCGUAUGAGGCCCGAGAAGGCACAUGUCAUACCUCAAUCUCACGACAAGUGGUACACUGACAAUGCUAUGUGUGACUAUUCUCAAGGCGCAAAGUCGGUCUCAAACAGUGACGACAAUGUAUGCCGACUUCGUGUCGACCUUCACAGGAUCUUCGACGAUCGUGUAUUUGCUUUUGUUCCUAAACUAGAUGAGGAAGGGCAUCACCAUACUGUCGUGCACUUCUUCUCGACUACGAACGAUUCCGGCGACGCAGCUCUUAAAUAUCACAACCGCAAGGCACACAGCCUUGAUUCCGUGGCACCGCAAUUCCUAUUUGCACGAUUUGCUCUCACAGUGUUCGCCUGUAUCAAAGACUUUAUUCUAAGAGGAGAACGCCGCCAGAUCGCGGUGGUGCAUCGUGGCAUUGACUCCAACGGCAGUCCUGCUUGGAUUACUCGAGAAGUUCAGAUGGAUCGCGCACAGCGACACAGUCGAUACGGCGGUGGAGGAUCGCGGGCCUCGAGUCCUAGUAAGAGAUCCAGGCCACAAUCAGAAUCCCAGCAAGGAGAUAGUCAAGAAAGCGUGCAAGAAUUUAGGUACGCUUCGGAGGAUCCUGAGAAUAGUGAUAAUAACGGAGAUUAUACGUCUCGAACUCGGGCUUGGGUUGAGGCUAAUGUAGCGGACUACGAUCUGGCUGCACCAUCAAAGCGACGGCGUAUCAGUGAGGUUGAGUCUCCUCCAUCCUUGACAAGCUCUGCCAGUUCCCAAGUAACUGUCAAUAAACAAAAAGUCGCGGAUAAAGCGGCUAGUUCUAGUCCCAACGGUACUAGUAUUAGCUUGAAAGGGAGCGAAAAUAAUCGCGGCCACUUUCUUCUGGAAGCAGUCGAGAUAGUCAAUAAUUGCUAUCCUCCAAUUUUCUAUUAG